UUUUUGAGAGGGUAUAGGGUAUAUCGAGUUAAUCUCCUAAUCAUCGUCAUCUCUCUCUCUUUCCUCCUUCCUCUCUGUGCAGGAUCGAAACCCUAGCAAUUCCAAUUUCUUCUCCAGAGAUCGAAUCCUCACCUCUGUAUGGCGUAACUCCAUACCAAUUCCAAUCGAUUAAGGUUAUUUUCUGGAAGAAUCUUAGGGGAGAAACAAUGUCAACGGAGACUACAACGAAUCCCUCCGUCGCCGUCGAUCCGGCACCGUUGCUUUCGAGCGGCGACGAAAACGAAGGAAGCAACAACAACGGGAGAUCCGCGAGGAGACAAGGGCUGAGGGAAGCCGCUAUGUUUCUGAGCCGCGCGAGCAGCGGACGAGCGAUGCGGGAGCCGUCUAUGCUCGUGAGGGAGGCCGCGGCCGAGCAGCUCGAGGAGAGGCAGAGCGAUUGGGCCUACUCGAAGCCCGUCGUGGUGCUUGACAUCGUGUGGAACUUGGCCUUCGUCUCCGUGGCUGCCGCGGUUCUGGUGAUGAGCAGAGAUGAGCAUCCGAUCAUGCCGCUCAGAGUUUGGCUCUUGGGGUACGCGUUGCAGUGCGUGUUGCAUAUGGUUUGUGUGAGCCUUGAGUAUCGGAGGAGGAAUAGGAGGAGAAGUAAUACGACUCCUCCUCGGUCACGUUCUUCUUCCAUGGAGGAAGAUGCUUUGGGUUCGAGACGUGAGCAGCUGGAGAGCGAAAGCAGCAGUGUUGCGAAACAUCUGGAGUCUGCCAACACCGUGUUCUCGUUUAUUUGGUGGAUCAUUGGGUUCUACUGGGUAUCUGCUGGUGGCCAAGAGUUGGCACUAGAAUCCCCACGGAUUUACUGGUUGUCUAUUGUCUUCCUUGGUUUCGAUGUGUUCUUCGUUGUUUUCUGUGUUGCGUUGGCCUGCGUUAUUGGCAUUGCUGUUUGCUGUUGCCUGCCAUGCAUCAUUGCAGUUUUGUACGCUGUUGCAGAUCAGGAAGGGGCUUCGAAAGAAGACAUUGAACAGCUCACCAAGUUCAAGUUUCGAAAAGUUGGUGAUGUUAACAAACACGCUGGUGAUGAGGCUCAAGGAAACACCGAUGGAAUAAUGACCGAGUGUGGUACGGAUUCACCCAUUGAACAUACUCUUCUUCAGGAGGAUGCAGAAUGUUGCAUCUGCCUAUCUGCUUAUGAAGACGGAGCAGAACUAAGGGAACUUCCUUGUGGCCAUCACUUUCACUGCUCGUGCGUAGACAAAUGGUUAUACAUAAACGCGACUUGCCCACUCUGCAAAUACAACAUCCUCAAGAGUAGCAAGCUGGAUCAAGAGGAAGUCUAGAAGAAGCAGCUUUGCUUAUUCGUGACCCACGUAAAACUUGAUCAAAGGAACUUAAAGGGUCCAAAGGUAAAACACGAUUGGUGUUUUUAGAUAUGAUGCAUUGUUUGUUAUAUGAUUGUCAUAUAUACUACAAAUUUGUUAUACUUUUGUUUGUUUUUAUAACUUGGUUUGGAAAGGAAUCAGGUUCUGCAAAUCUUAUAUCUAUCAUCUUUCACUUGCUACAAUUUUUUUUGUAUUACUA